AUGACCGAACAUGUGUUAACUCAAACAGGAAUGAAAGAAGAUGUCAGCAAAGAAUUUGGAAAAUCCCUUAGUGACCAGUCAUUAAUUUGCUUAAAAAAUAAGCAGAUUCAUAGUAGAAGUAAACCAUAUGAGUGUCACCUAUGUGGAAAAGCCUUUAUUCAAAGCUCUGACCUUAUACAACACAUCAGAACUCACACAGGAGAGAAACCAUAUGAUUGCCAUAUGUGUGAAAAAUCCUUUAGUACAAGAUCUAACCUUAAAAAACAUGAGAGAAUUCACACUGGAGAGAAACCAUAUGCUUGUCAACUUUGUGGGAAAGCCUUUAGUCAGUGUUAUGAACUAAGGAGUCAUGAGAAAAUACAUACUGGAGAAAAACCAUAUGAGUGCAAUGUAUGUGGGAAAGCCUUUUUUCAAAGAUCUUGCCUUACACAACAUAGUAGAACUCACACAGGAGAGAAACCAUAUGAUUGUAAUACAUGUGGAAAAGGCUUCAGUACAAGAUCUAAUCUUAGAAAACAUGAGCGAAUUCACACUGGGGAGAAACCAUAUGAAUGCCCUGUAUGUGGGAAAGCCUUUAGUCAGAGCUAUGAACUUAGAAGUCAUGAGAAAACACACACUGGGGAGAAACCAUAUAAAUGCCACAUAUGUGGAAAAGUCUUUAUUCAAAAGUCUUGCCUUACACAACAUAAUAGAACUCACACUGGAGAGAAACCAUAUGAAUGUAAUCUCUGUGGGAAAGCUUUCAUGAAUUGUUCUAACUUGAGACGACAUGAAAGAAGUCAUACUGGAGAGAAACCUUAUGGUUGUCAACUAUGUGGGAAAGCCUUUAGUCAGUGUUCUGAACUUCGAGAUCAUGAGAAAACUCAUACUGGAGAGAAACCAUUUCAGUGUAAUUUAUGUGGGAAAACCUUCAGUAGAAGUUCUAACCUGAGACUUCAUGAGAGAAUUCACACUGGAGAGAAACCAUAUGAAUGCCACGUAUGUGGAAAAGCCUUCACUAGGAGUUCUAACCUGAGAUUGCAUGAGAAUUCACACUUGAGAAAAACCAAAUUUGUCAACUGUGUUGUGGAAAGUCACUAG